CAGAUGUGAAAUCAAGCAGAUGUGAAUGCAAAUUGUUUAUAUGGAGGAAGUAUGCGUAAACCUGCUAUAAGUCGAUAUAGAGGGGUGCAAGUUUUCACUUACAAGGAGCUCGAAUCGGCCACCGAUAACUUCAGCGAAGCCAAUGUGAUCGGGAACGAAGGGUUGAGCGUCGUGUAUAAAGGGGUCCUUGUUGAUGGUACUGUGGCAGCCGUUAAGAGGCAUCACCUUGAUCGAAAACAAGGGGAGCGUGCUUUCAGGAUGGAAGUGGAUCUGCUAAGCCGGUUGAACUCUCCUUAUUUAGUGGAGCUAUUAGGCUACUGUGCUGACCAGCACCACAGGCUUCUGAUAUACGAAUUCAUGCCCAAUGGUACCCUGCAACAGCAUCUUCAUCAUCCCGGCAACGAAUAUCGGCUGUUGGAUUGGGGAAGCCGGUUAAGGAUAGCCCUUGAUUGUGCCAGAGCACUUGAGUUCGUCCAUGAGCAUGCUACCCCUACUGUUAUCCACCGUGACUUUAAAUGCACCAAUGUGUUACUAGACCAACACCUCCGAGCCAAGGUGUCCGGUUUCGGAUUGGCCAAAAUGGGGUCGGAUAAGAUCAACGGUCAGAUUCCGACACACAUGCCGCGGUCCACAGAAUACAUAGCUCCAGAAUAUUCAUCAACAGGAAAACUCACCACAAAAUCAGAUGUCUACAGCUAUGGCGUCGUGCUUUUUCAGCUUUUAACCGGUCGAGUCCCGGUCGACAUCAAGCGGCCUCCUGGGGAACAUGUCCUGGUUUCAUGGGCACUUCCAAGACUAACAAACAGAGACAAAGUGGAAGAAAUGGUUGAUCCAUCUAUACAAGGAGAGUAUGCCAAGAAGGAUCUAGUUCAGGUGGCUGCUAUUGCUUCGAUGUGUGUGCAACCGGAAGCCGAUUAUCGACCUUUGAUGGUCGACGUCGUACAGUCACUGAUCCCUUUAGUUAAGAACUUCGAUUCGGUUAAUUCACCCGGUUUCUCUAGAUUUAAUCGUCGAAGCACCGGUCCGAAGUCUUUGCAAUAUGUUUGGAAAUUGCAGAGCUAGAUAACUCUUUUUCCUGUUCUUC